UGUGCUGCUUACACAAUGACAGUUUCCGUCAGUUUCACUCGCGAGUCGUAACCGCUCUGGAGGAGUAAGCGUUUUUCUCGUUUCCAGAUUGAAUCAAAACACGGAUUCCACCGUUGAAAACUAUCGGCCUACGAUAAAUUACCUUAAUCAAUCGAACUAGAGUGAGCAGUGUUGAUAUAUAAGUACGACUUGCUACAAGUGAACUUUGAAGUUUCUCCUCGAGGCCCAGUGUUGAGCUUCGAGCGGCAGCGCUAAAAAGUUUGUUGUUGUCACGUGACGCCAGGCGAAUGUGACGAUUAAAAGUUUGAUUAGAUAUUGAAACUAGGUGGCGUAUUACAUCAUCUUUAUCCGUUGACGAUAGUCUCGCAAUGCCUCAACCAAAACAUCGAAAGAUCGCUGUCAUAGGUUACAGGUCUGUAGGAAAGUCGUCUCUCACAAUACAGUUUGUGGAAGGGCAGUUUGUUGACUCCUAUGACCCCACCAUUGAAAACACCUUUAACAAACUGGUCAGUGUGAAUGGCCAAGACUUCAAUCUUCAGCUGGUGGAUACAGCUGGUCAAGAUGAGUAUUCAAUUUUUCCACAGUCCCACUCUAUGGACAUCCAUGGCUAUGUCCUUGUCUAUUCAGUGACUUCCAUGAAAAGUUUUGAAGUUGUCCAGGUUCUACACGACAAGCUGCUUGACAUGGUUGGAAAGAUUCAGGUUCCAACUGUUCUUGUCGGGAACAAAAAAGAUCUCCACAUGGAAAGGGUUAUCAAGGCAGAGGAGGGAAAGAAACUUGCUGAUUCCUGGGGUGCUGUAUUCAUGGAAUCUUCCGCCAAGGAGAAUGAGACUGCUGUGGAAGUUUUCAAGCGAAUUAUUUUGGAGAUCGAGAAAGCCGAUGGAAAUGCUGCCCCAGAGGUGAAGAAAUGUGCUGUAAUGUAAACGUGUAUCCAGGACAUCAGUAAGCUCAUUUGCUGAAGACAGGAGACACAACUUCACCGGCUUGCCAAUAGUGACCUCACCUAAACCAAGACACUGUAGUGGAACUCUUCUUAACCAUUAUGAUGUUUGAUUGAUUUACAUAGUGAUGGAACUGCUCUGACAGUUUAUAUACGAAUCCCACUUGUGACCACGGGGAGAAUUUUGAGAGCAAGAAUAAUCUUUUUAGAUAAAGAGGCUCCUUUAGUAAACAUGUUCUUUAAAUUGUAAAAAAUGGAAAUCUUGAUAUUUGAGUUAAAAGAAAUGCUCAGAAGACAAAACAAGAUUGUCCCAAAUAACUACAUUGAAUCUUUGCAUGAAUGGGUUAUGGUAAUAACUAGUUUUAUCUCUAAUGUUUGAGACAUUGUUGGCUUUUGUCUCACAGCUCUUUACGUGAGUAAAAAGUGACAUUUCAGCAGAUCAUUAUUGAAUGAUGGAGAGUCACAGUUCACAUUGCUUUAAAUGUGGCAUUAAAUUGUCAGUAUUUUUCACAAAUGGUGGAUUUCUUUGGACACCCCAAAGUCAAAGUUUUGAUGAGAAAGUUCACUGUGGUUUCUUCUCGUGGUAAAUCUUUAAUAACCCAUCUUCAGGUACAGUUCAUCAAUGAACUCAUGAGCUGUGGUCUUACUGAUGGAAGAAUUUAUUUGUAUAUUUAACUACCAACAUUUUAUGCUUUUCUGCCAAGCAGAUCAGCAUCCCUCUACAGUUUAAUUUCUCCUCUCUGACUGUUAAGUUAUCAUGUGAGCAACCCUCAGAAGUUUAGUAUGGAUUGAAACAAAUUUUGGGUAUGCACCAGUUAUACCUUUUUAUAUCAUAAAUAGAAUCUUAGGUUUGAUAAUAUUGGUUAUAUAUUGAGUGAUGCAGGUGUGCCCUCCUUUCAAUAUAAGUAGAGUAUAUGCAUAUAAGCACAUUAUUAUUAUGAUCUUUGUUAAGCAGCAAUUUUGAAUUGCAUUUUAACACUGUGAGACCAGUUAAAUGGCCAACAGCCAAUGUUAGAUUAGUCAUUUUUGAACUCAUGAUUUUGAUUUGGUGAUUCAUGCUGACUUCGUAAAAGUCAGGAUGGCAUGCGUUCCAUUUAAUUUAGAUUGUGGACCUGCAUGAAGUAUGUCCCAACACAAGAUUUUUGUUUUCUUAGCUUGUGUAGCCUUACAGAAAAUUUACACUGUGGACUUUACCCACAAUCCUCUGCACCUGUUGUGGGUAAUCAUGUUUUUUUUUUUUAAGUGCUUUGAUCAAGUAGUUAACUGAUGGAUAAUUGAUGAUGGUAAAACAGAAAAGUUGGUGGUGCUGUGUCUUGUGCCUUACAGUUCUUCAAACGCCCUCUUUUGCUUCCCUUCAUGACUCAAGGUGCUCUUCAAAAGGUUUUUCACUCUUUUGUUAACUAGAUGCCAUUGGUGCAGGUGGUGUUGUGUACGGAACACCAAUAUUCUCCUGUGGGUCGGUGUUAAUCCAGAAAUCUUGCUGUAAACAUUUUUUGUAUAUAAAUAAAUAUGUUACUCAUU